GUCAUGGUAAGUCGUGAUCUCACACGCUGCGAGCGGAUGUGCACGUUUGUCAAGAAGUGUGUUGCAAGUCACUGAGAGACCGCCAUGUCUAAAGAGCACCAGACCCCCCGUGAGCCCGAGCAGCUUCGUAAGCUGUUUAUUGGGGGACUCAGUUUUGAGACAACAGAUGAGAGUCUACGGGCCCAUUUCGAGCAAUGGGGGACCCUUACAGACUGUGUGGUUAUGAGGGACCCCAACACAAAGAGGUCAAGAGGUUUUGGGUUUGUGACCUAUAGUUCAGUGGAUGAGGUGGAUGCAGCGAUGGAUGCACGCCCGCAUAAAGUGGACGGAAGAGCUGUUGAACCCAAGAGGGCUGUGUCUAGAGAAGACUCAAGCAGACCAGGUGCUCACUCCACUGUUAAAAAGAUUUUUGUGGGUGGAAUCAAAGAAGACACGGACGAAGAACAUUUGCGUGAGUAUUUCUGUCAGUUUGGUAAAAUCGAGGAGGUGAACAUCAUGACUGAGAAGAACAGUGAUAAGAGGAGGGGAUUCGCCUUCAUCACGUUUGAUGACCACGAUGCUGUUGACAGAAUUGUCAUUCAGAAGUACCACACAGUGAAUGGACAUAACUGUGAAGUCAGGAAAGCGCUCUCCAGAGAGGAAAUGAACAGGGUUUCAAUGAAUCCACGAGGUGGCCGAGGAGGCGGUGGCGGAAACUUUAGCAGAGGAGGGGGCUAUGGAGGUGGAUAUGGAGGAGGAGGAAGAGGAGGUUAUGGUGGCGGUGAUGGAUUUAAUGGCUAUGGAGGAAAUGGUGGUGGCGGCUAUGGUGGAGGCGGUCCUGGCUAUGGUGGUAACCGUGGUUACGGAGGCAGCGGCGGUGGUUAUGGCAACCAGGGUGGAGGCUACAGUGGCGGUGGAUAUGAUAACUACAACAGUGGAGGUGGAGGAAACUUUGGAGGAGGCAACUUUGGAGGUGGAGAUUACAAUGACUUUGGAAACUAUAACAACCAAUCCUCUAACUAUGGCCCAAUGAAGGGAGGAAACUAUGGAGGUGGUGGUGGAAGGAGCGGUGGUGGCCCAUAUGGUGGUGGUUAUGGAGGAGGCUCCAGUGGUGGUGGUGGUUAUGGUGGAGGCUCUGGUGGUGGUGGUUAUGGUGGAGGUUCUGGUGGCCGGAGAUUUUAGGUUCCAGGGCCACUGUACUUAGGAGAGCCAGAGAGAGAUGACAGGGAAAGGAGAGAAUGAAGGAAAGAAGCAAGCAGGUUUACACCUAGAUCUGCCAAGUGGCGUGGUGGCGCUAUUAACAUCUGCCACGUGAAGAGAACGUGUUCAAUAGGGGAGGAAAAUCAUGUGGGGAGGUUGGGUGGGAAAGUGGGCUGUUAAUGGGGGGCAUGUCAAAAGUACUCUCAUGCUGGCGAACCUUUACUAGUUUGUAGUUUGUCCCUUUUUUGUUUGUGAAGUGCAAAGCAUUCCAGUGAGGUUUUCUACAGGGUUUAAUGGUUGGAAUUUCUCAAACUAGUAGGGUGUCUCUCUUUUGCUUUUUAAAUGUAAGCAUUUACCAAUCAAGAUAAAAUAAACCACUCCAGUUUU